UACCCACCGAGUGCCCCGCGACAACGGCGAUGGAACCCGGGCUGGGGGUCCGCAUGCUCCGACAUGGGGAAUAAGCAAACCGUCUUUACCGCAGGGCAGCUGGACGCCUACCAGGACUGUACAUAUUUUACAAGGAAAGAAAUUCUCCGACUCUUUCACCGCUAUCACGAUCUGGCGCCGCAACUCGUUCCACUCGACUACACCGAGCAGCCAGAUGUGAAGCUACCGUAUGAGCUGAUCGGCAGCAUGCCCGAGCUGAAGGACAACCCGUUCCGCCAGAGGAUCGCUGAGGUUUUUUCCGAGGAUGGUCAAGGAAACAUGACGCUGGACGACUUCCUGGACAUGUUCUCGGUUCUGAGCGAAAUGGCACCGAGGGAUCUCAAGGCUUACUACGCUUUUAAGAUCUACGAUUUCAACAACGACGACUUCAUUUGCAAGUCGGACCUGGAGAAGACGUUGAACAAAUUGACGCGCAACGAAUUGACAGAGGACGAGGUGCGCAUGGUGUGCGACAAGGUGCUGGACGAGGCCGACAUGGACAACGACGGUCGGCUGUCGCUGGAGGACUUCCAGCACAUGAUUGUCCGGGCGCCGGACUUCCUCAGCACCUUCCACAUAAGAAUAUAAGGAAAUACCGACAAAUGUCACGAGGAAGUAAUGACGCAUUUAAAUUUACUUCUUUUUUUUUUUAAUUCAUCCCAAAAAAGUAGACCUCUUUCAAAAAAAUUCAGAUACACAUCUUCUCUACUCUGAGAAUAGAAAGUACAGUACAAUAAGUAGAUCUGUGAAUAGAAUAUUAUAUAUCUCACAAUGUCUU